CUCUGUGUGGCCUUACGGUGCAAAGAAAGAAAAAUGAAUCGACUCAAGAGCAGCAGGAGAGCGUGCUUCCUGCCUCCUGUGCCCGUCUUACUAAGCCUCUUGGCGACUUUUGCUGCAGCUAAGAAUAUAGCUAACAGCACUUUAAACGGCACAGACGUGGUCUUGGGAUCCAUGCCUCUCAUUAUUGCCCGAGUGGACCAUGUGAUCGUCAAGGAAGGGAAAAGUGCCUUGCUCAACUGUAACAUUCACGGCAUCCCUGACCCCCAUUUCAAGUGGUAUAAUUCCAAUGGCCACUUACUGAAGGAAGAGGAAGACCAGGAGGGCACAGGAGGAGGAAAAUGGUCGAUUCAAGACAAUGGACUACUGAACAUUACCCAGGUGUCAUUUUCAGACCGAGGUAAAUACACAUGUGUUGCUUCUAACAUCUAUGGCACCGUGAACAAUACAGUGACAUUGAGAGUCAUCUUCACCUCUGGGGACAUGGGCAUCUACUACAUGAUUGUCUGCCUAGUGGCUUUUACCAUCGUCAUGGUCUUGAACAUCACCAGACUCUGCAUGAUGAGCAGCCACUUGAAGAAGACAGAGAAAGCAAUCAAUGAAUUCUUUAGGACAGAAGGAGCAGAGAAAUUGCAAAAGGCCUUUGAGAUUGCUAAGCGUAUUCCAAUCAUCACCUCAGCCAAAACCCUUGAGCUUGCCAAAGUCACCCAGUUCAAAACCAUGGAGUUUGCCCGCUAUAUCGAGGAGCUGGCCAGGAGUGUCCCUCUGCCUCCCCUCAUUAUGAACUGUAGAACAAUAAUGGAAGAAAUCAUGGAAGUGGUGGGCCUGGAAGAGCAGGGCCAGAACUUUGUAAGGCACACCCCUGAGGGCCAGGAGGCCACUGAUGGGGAUGAGGUCUAUACAAUCCCCAAUGCUCUCAAGCGGAGUGAUUCACCCACUGGCGACUCAGAUGCCUCAUCCCUUCAUGAGCAGCCUCAGCAAAUUGCCAUCAAGGUGUCUGUUCACCCACUGUCCAAAAAGGACCACAUGGAAGACCAAGAGGGGGUACAGGUAGAGAUCAAAGAUGAGGAGGUGCUAGAGGUAGCUAUGGUGUCGGAGGGGCCAGAACCACCCAUCGAGCCUUCGGCAGAAACUGAGGCUUCUGGGGAGGUAGCACCUUCAGAGUCAGCACCCCGUUCAGAACCUGUGCUUCCUACAGGGCAGCUGGCAUCUACUUAUCUGAAGCCUACUGAGCCAGCCAUGACAAAUGUAACGAACACCUGUAUUAUUUAUGAAAGCCAUGUGUAAUACUUAACUCUGACAAAACUAUGCAUAUCGAGAAUAUCAGGGGCUGCUCCUUGUACCACAGAUAUAGUAUGUACUUGCCGCUAAAGCCUUACCAGUAGACUUAUCAUAACAUACAUAGGAGUGAUGC